AUGUCUAACUUCCUCAAUCGUUUAAAAAAUAUCAAAACAGGUAUCAAUAAUUUUAAUAAUAAUGAAGGUGAUAAUGGAUCAAUUUGUUCGUUUGAUGAAGAAGGUUUUCUUUGUCCAAUAUGUCAUCGUAAAUUUUUUGAUACAACCGGACUUGAAAAUCAUUAUUUACAAGCUCAUUCCGAACCACAAUCAGCAACAACUUAUGAACAAACAACGGAUCCUCAUCAAGAAGUCGCUAUAUGGAAAAAACAAUUUUGUCAAUCAGAAGAAAGUCGAAUGCAAAUAACUAGUGAAUUAAUGCAACAACGACAACGUGUUGGGGACCUUGAAGAAGAAGUUGAAUUGUUACAUAAACAAUUACGAACAACACAAUUGAAAGUUAUCGAACAAUCACAAGAAAUUGGAAAUUUGAAAGCAUCAAAAGAUGGUUAUGAUGCACAAAUAGCUAUGUUUACUAAUGAACUUCUUAAUACACAAGGUGAAUUAAAAGAAAAACAAAAUCAAGUUAAUACUCUUUGCCAUGACCUUAUACCAAGACCAACGACAGAUGAUGUUGAUGUAUUAAAACGUGAAUUGAUUACUGUUCAACAACAUAUGAAUGAAAUGUCUUUAGAAAAAGAACAACAAAUUGAACGAUUACGUAAUGUUCUUUUAGAAAUUUCUACAUCUACAAAACAAUUAGAUCAAAUAGAGAAUAUAUUUGAUCAAAAUGUAUUAAUUUAUGAUGAAAUAUUAAAUAAUCAUACAUCUCAAAUUGAAACUGAUAUGAAUCAAAUAAAACAAUUUAUUCAAUUAACACGUGAACGAAAAGAAAAAAUAGUCGCAACUUCCAAAUAUAUGCGUAAUUGUUUGAAUGAUAAUCACGCAGAAAUUGAUCAACUAAAACAAAAAAAUGCUCAAUUACAUCUUGACCUUGAACAUCGAAAUCAAUUAAACGAACAGUUAACUAAUGAUUUACAAAACGAACAAAAACAAACGGAUUCUAAUCGAAUUCAAAUAGAAACAUUAAAAAAUGAAAUUAAUGAAUUAGAAAAUACUUUAGAUGAAUUAAAACAAGAAAAAAAUCAAUUAUUCUUAACGAAAAUGGAUGGUGAUCAAGAUGAUGAACGACAAAAUCUUGUUCGACAAUUAACACAAGAAAAAGAUCAAUUUGAACAACAAGUCAAAGAAUUACGAAAACAAAUCAAACAAAUAAAUGAAGAAAAAGAUAAUAUUCAAAAAGAAUUUACACAAAUAAAUAACGAAAAAAAUCAAUUACAAGAAGAACAAGUUCGAUUUAAUAAUGAAAUUAAUCUAUUGAAACAACAAUUAGAUGAUCUUAAUACAGAUAAAGAGCAACAAAUAAAACAAAUCAAUCAAGAAUAUAUUACUAUUAAUACUAAAUUAGAAGAUGAUCUUCGACAAAUAAAUGAAAAUAAUAAUAAUCAAAAACAAGAAAUAGAACGAUUAGAAAAUGAAUUAAAAGAAAUAAAAUCACAGUUAACAGAACAAACAAAUCAAUUGAAUAAAGAAAAAUUCGAUUUACAACAAUCAUUGACUCUACAAGAAGAAUCUUCCAAUGAAAUUAAAUUACAAUUCGAUACAAUACAAAAAGAAAAAGAUAAUAUAGACAAACAAUUAGAAACGAAUCAACAAACUAUUGAAGAAUUACAACGAACAAUGUCUGAAUUACGAAUAGGACUAAAUCAAAAAACUACUUCCAUUAAUCGAUUAAAUGUCGGUAUUCGUCAUAGUAUUGAUCUUGCACAUAAAACUCAUCAGUAUAUUCAACAAAACAUACAUCUCAAUCAGAUAAAUUUAUUAUCCAUUAUUGAACAGUCUCAAGAAGAAUCUCAAGCAAUUCGUACACAAACAUUAGAAGAUAUUCGUAAUGAAUUUACUGAUUAUUUAACAGUUAUUCAUACUGUUAUUGUUGAUAAUAAGACUAAACUCGAAAAACAAAUUAAUGAAGAUAAUAUGAAAUUAAUUGAAGAACAGCAACAUGCUGAAAAACAACUGAAUAAAUUACAGAAAGAACAUGAUCAAUUAAUUCAAGAAUAUAAUGAACAGAAAAAAAAUCUAGAAAUACAAUUAGGUGAACUUAAUAACAAUUUAUUACAGGUGUCAGAAUCAUUAUCUGAAUCGACGCAAACAGCAAAUCUUCAACGAGAAAAAUCUGAAAAACAAAUUGCUUCUCUUGAACAUGAAUUAACCAGUACUCGAUCUGAUCUUGAAUCUCAAAUAAAAAAAUAUGAAAUGCAAACAACAGCAUUAAGAGAAAAUUUAGCUACUGUACGAGGUGAACUUAAAACAGCACAGGAAAAAUUAGUAAAUUUUGAAAAAAUUAAAUUGGAUAAAGAAGAUCUUGAAGCACGUUUAAUAGCAAAUCAAGAUGAACGUCAUGCACUAUUAGAACGAUCAAUAACUAGUGAAAAUCGAAGUGAAAAACUUCUAUUAGAAAAUGGACAAUUAGCGAAAAAAAAUUCAGAUCUAGAAUCUGCUUUACAAGAAAUAGCACGAGAAUAUCAAGGACUACAAAUUUACACAAAUAAAUUAAAUCAACGUCGAUGGUUAAAUGAUAAUGAUGUACAUGAAUGUAUGAAAUGUAAUCAAACAUUUACUAUAACACAACGUAAACAUCAUUGUCGAAGUUGUGGAAAUAUUUUUUGUGAUCCAUGUUCAUCUAAAUUAGCUGUUGUUGCAGCAACAUCAAAAAAACCUCAACGUGUUUGUGAUCAAUGUUUUAAAGAAUUAACUUCUUAA